AUUCAGAAAACGACGAAUACAAUGUUAUGUAUGAUCAUUAUGCUGUAGAAAUUAUACCUAGGCUGUAUUUGGGAAGUUAUUUAGCAGCCGAAGACGAAGAUUGGUUGGGACGUCAUAAAAUUACAAAUAUUCUUACUGUUUCUCAAGAUAUUAAACCUCGUUUUCCUGAAUUAUUCACGUAUAAAGUGAUCCCAAUAAGAGAUAGCGAAUUACAAGAUAUCUCAAAGUAUUUUGAAGAAACUUAUAUGUUUAUUCAAAAUGUUUUAGAUCAAGAAGAUAAAACUAUUCUUGUUCAUUGCGAAAUGGGAAUUUCACGUAGCCCAACUGUGGUUAUUGCUUAUAUUAUGAGAUCUCAGAAGAAAUCGUUAAAGGAUGCACUAGCAUUUGUUAAAGAAAAAAGAUUUGUUACUCGGGAUUUUGAAAACGAAGACUAUGUUAUGCAUUUGUCAUCCAAAAAUUUGACAAAUGGCGUUAAACCUUACGAAUCGAAAGUUAGGUUUAAUGAAGAUUUUGCCGUAGAAAUUAUACCUAGACUUUAUAAAGCAGCUAAAAACGAGGAUUGGUUGAGGAAUCAUAAAAUUACAGAUAUUCUUACUGUUGCCCAAAAUAUUAGGCCUCGUUUUCCUAAAUCAUUCACGUAUAAAGUUAUCUCAAUAAGAGAUAGCGAAGUACAAGACAUAUCAAAGUAUUUUGAAGAAACUUAUAUGUUCAUUCAAAAUGUUUUAGAUCAAGAAGAUAAAAGUGUUCUUGUUCAUUGCGAAAUGGGAAUUUCACGUAGCCCAACUGUGGUUAUUGCUUAUAUUAUGAGAUCUCAGAAGAAAUCGUUAAAGGAUGCACUAGCAUUUGUUAAAGAAAAAAGAUUUGUUACUCGACCAAACGCAGGUUUUUAUAAGCAACUAAAAAAUUUUGAAUCAGGAUUAUUGGUUGACAUCGAUUUAGAUUCGGAAUCAGAAUUAACGAACAAAUAG